ACCACUCUCAUGCCAUUUCAACAAAGCAACACAAAUCAGAAGAAGAGUGUCAUCAUCUUUCUUUCAGACAAUGGCUUCCACUGCUCUCUCCAGCGCCAUCGUAAGCACAUCAUUCCUCCGCCGCAAGCAGACACCAACCAGCCUCAGAUCUCUCCCGGCGGGCAACACACAAUCCCUCUUCGGCCUCAAAUCCUCCUCCUUCACCGCUCGCGUCACAGCCAUGGCUGCCUACAAGGUCAAGUUCAUCACACCUGAUGGAGAUAAGGAAGUGGAGUGCGACGAAAGCGAAUACGUCCUCGACGCGGCGGAGGAGUCAGGAAUCGAUUUGCCGUACUCGUGCCGUGCGGGAGCCUGCUCGAGCUGCGCCGGGAAAGUAGUCUCCGGCUCGGUUGACCAGUCGGACCAGAGCUUCUUAGACGAUGACCAGGUCGCCGAUGGGUUUGUUCUCACGUGCAUCGCUCGUCCAACUUCUGAUGUCGUUAUUCGAACCCACCAAGAAGAAGCCAUGGCUUAAAUAACUCAAAAAGUAUUUCACUUUCUAUCGUAUCAUCACACUAGAGAGAAUAUGUUGAUGAUGUAAUAAGAAAGAAUAAGACUCAUGUCAAUUCUUUUUCGAUACUCUGUUUCAGUGUUACAGUAUUUUAACGUGGAUGUCAAGUAAUUACAACUUAAGGAAAGCUUCAAUCACACCAUUAUAAAUUUAUAUUCUUCA